AUCACCAAGCGUAAAAGCUAUCGAAUGAACUUUCAAAGAUUGGUUCAUUUUGGUAAAAAAUUAAGAGUUUUGAUGAUUUCAGAAGUAAAGAAAUACCCACCACCAGUCAACAGAUCUAUGGUUGAGCUUGACCGGUCCUUUUUCCAUCGUGAAGUUCCUUUAUUGGCAGCAUAUUUCCCCAAUGCAAAACAUAUUGGUGAAUUCGUCAAACGCUGUAAACAGGACAUUCUUUAUAUGCCCAAUAUAAAGCACAUUGUGCAAAUGGACGAUUCAAAGGCAGUUUUGCUUCAGGAUCGCAUCACUGACGUUUCUCAACUUUCUGCCUUAUCCCAAGAGAAGGUUAAAGAAUUUGGAGUUGAACUAAGACCAUAUACUAUGCAACUUGAUUACUCUUUCUGGAAAACUGAUGACAUAUUAAGGGCUAUCCUUCCUGAAAAUCUCCUUGAUGAAACUCCUUCGGGAUUCAGUCAAGCGGGACAUCUUGCUCAUUUGAAUCUCAAAAACGAAUUCAAACCUUAUGGAAAGUUGAUAGGUCAAGUGAUUUUGGAUAAGAAUCCCCUGAUUCGUACUGUAGUUGACAAAGCAGACACCAUUGCCAACAAGUUCAGAACUUUUCAAAUGAACUUGCUUGCCGGUGAGGACAACUUCUUGGUGGAACAAAGUGAAAGUGGAUGCAAGUUCCGAUUUGAUUUUAGUAAAGUAUAUUGGAAUUCUCGUUUAAGUACUGAACAUGACAGGUUGAUUAGUAAAUUUGCCAAGGGAGAUGUUGUGGGUGAUGUGUUUGCUGGUGUGGGUCCAUUUGCAGUUCCUGCGGGUAGAAAAGAAGUUAUCGUUUUGGCCAACGAUUUGAAUCCUGAAAGUUACAAAUACUUGCAAGAAAAUAUUACUUUGAACAAUGCCGGUUUGUUUACGAGAGCAUUCAACUUAGAUGGAAGAGAGUUUAUCCGUCAAAGUCCUAAAUUGUUGUAUGAUUUAUACACAAAAACCCCAGUAAUACAACAAAAGAGAAUUGUACGAAGAAAAGUACCUGCUGAGGAACCAGGACAGCCAGCAAAAUCAGUAAAAGAAGAAAAGAUCAUUGAAAUGAAAGUACCAAAAUUUUAUAAGCACUAUGUGAUGAACUUGCCAGAUUCUGCAUUGACAUUCUUGGAUGAAUUUGUAGGAUUGUACGGAAGAUAUCCUGAAAUAGCCCAAGAUUUGAAACAAGAUCCAGAGUUCCAAUUACCUAUGAUUCACGUUCAUUGUUUUGAAAAGUUCGAAAUUGAUGAAGAACCACCAAUGGAAGAGUUACAUCGCAGGGUUUAUGACAAGAUUGUCCGGUUAAUGGGUUAUGAAUUGGAUUUCAGCAAAAUGGAAUUCCAUCAUGUUAGACAAGUGGCUCCUACAAAACCAAUGUUUUGUGUUUCAUUUGAAUUACCGGAGGAACUUGCAUUUAAAGUUGUAAGUUAAGAUAUUUCCUGUAUAAUAUAAUAUAAUAAAAAACUUGAAUUAGAAGCAUCAUAUUGUAUGGCUGGGAAAAUCGUAUGCGUGUUAUGGUAGCGCGGUUCUUUUAAGUGGGAAAAUCUGCUUGUAUUUAUUUGUGCAUUUUCC